UGUGUCCUGGAGGCUGGCGGCGCGGCGAGCGGGCACGGCAGGCUGGGGCCGGCGGCAAGAGGCGGCCGGCACAGCAUGGGCGGCCCGCGGGCCUGGGCGCUGCUCUGCCUCGGACUGCUGCUCACGGGAGGCGGCGCCGCGUGGUCCGUCGGAGGCGCCCCGUUUUCCGGACGCAGGAACUGGUGCUCAUAUGUGGUGACCCGUACCAUCUCAUGCCAUGUGCAAAAUGGAACUUACCUUCAGCGAGUGCUGCAGAACUGCCCCUGGCCCAUGAGCUGCCCAGGGAGCAGCUACAGAGCUGUGGUGAGACCCACAUACAAGGUGAUGUACAAGACAGUGACUGCCCGCGAGUGGAGAUGCUGCCCUGGGCACUCAGGAGUCAGCUGCGAGGAAGUUGUAGGUGCCUCUGGCUUUGUGGAGCCCCUGUGGUCGGGCAACACCAUGCGGCGGAUGGCCCUUCGACCCACAGCCUUCUCAGGUUGUCUCAACUGCAGCAAAGUGACAGAGCUGGCUGAGCGACUGAAGGCACUAGAGGCCAAGGUGGCCAUACUGACUGUCACUGAAGACCCUGCCCCACUCUGGGGCUCCCCAGCUGCUCAGGGCAGCCCUGGAGAUAGAGGCCUUCAGGGGCUGCCAGGAGCCAGAGAGACUGUGAGGGCCCCACUGCUCCCUCAAGAUGACCGACUGGGUACUCGAGGGCUGCCUGGCCCCAUCGGCCCCAAGGGAGAUGCUGGUAGCCAGGGCCCAGCAGGAAUGAGAGGCCUGCCAGGUUCACAGGGUCCGCCAGGGAACCCUGGCCAGGCCGGAGCUGCAGGCAUCCCUGGAGAGAGGGGACCUCCAGGCCCACCAGGGCCUCCUGGCCCCCCAGGCCCCCCAGCCCCCCUUGGGCCACCUCAUGCCCGCAUAUCCCAGCAUGGAGACUCAUUACUGUCCAACACCUUCACUGAGACCAGCAAUCACUGGCCGCAGGGACCCACUGGCUCCCCAGGUCCCCCUGGCCCUCCAGGACCCAUGGGUCCCCCUGGACCUCCUGGCUCCAUGGGGGUACCUGGGAGUCCUGGACACAUGGGACCCCCAGGCCCUACUGGACUCAAAGGAAUCCCAGGCCACCCAGGACAAAAGGGCGAAAGAGGAGCACGUGGGGAGCCGGGCCCCCAAGGGCUCACAGGGCAGCAGGGAGAACCUGGCCCCAAAGGAGACCCUGGUGAGAAGAGCCACUGGGCUCCUAGCUUACAGAGCUUCCUGCAGCAGCAGGCUCAGCUGGAGCUCCUGGCCAGACGGGUCACCCUGCUGGAAGCCAUCAUCUGGCCAGAGCCAGAACUGGGGUCUGGGGCAGGCCCUGGUGGCAUGGGCGGCCCCGGCCUCCUUCGGGGCAAGAGGGGAGGACACACAGCCAACUACCGGAUCAUCGAGCCUAGGAGCCGGAAUGAGAGAGGCUGAGGGCAGUGGUGGCCCCUCAGGGUGGACCAUGCCAGGCUUCCCUUUCCAGCCUGGACUUGGCCAGCUGCUUCCAGGGAUCACCAGUUCCUAUUUAUUAAUGUCCUCAGGGUCCCUCUGCCAUUUAGGCCUUAGGGGUAGGCAGGUCUCAGUCCUGACACCUGUACAUACCUGAAACCCAUCAUAGACUAGGGAUUGAGAGAGAGGUGACAACCUAGACAGGCUUACUCAGCCCACUCGGGCCUGAGUCUUUCUUUCCCUCUGCAAAAUGGGGUGAUACAGGCCUUCAAAGAGGGUAGCGGUACAAGGCUUCUUGUCUCAUCAGCAUCCCAGCUGAGAGGCACUGCAGAAGCCAAGAGCAGAGCUCUGCCCCACCCUCAGUAUGUGCAGGGAUGCUGGGGGUGGGGGCAGUCUCUGUCCUCCUCCUCAGGCAAACUUUGGAGAGCCCCCCUGCACAACCUCCUCUCCUUGUUUUCUGGUGCUGGGUUCCCACCCCCAAGACUGGGCCACCUAAUUUCUGACAACGGUGAGAGGGUUCUUGUCUUAGUUCUGCCCCUCAAGCCUCUAAUCCCUCCUUAGUGUCCCAGGUCAGGGGUGGGGACAUGGAGAAGAGGCUGCCUGAAGUGUGUGACAGACACUGGGAGGUAGAUCUGUAUUGGCCAAUAAAGGCCCCUACCUAAGUUCCA